AUGGCACAUAUUAAUUCUAUGAAAAAUGGGUUCUUAGUAAUACCGUUCAAACUACCUGAUCAUCCAGUUCUUUCAGAAUUAAAUAAUAACAAUAACAAAACGCCUGCAUGCCAUUACAUGUUUAUGAAAAAACAUCAAGCAAAACAAGAAGAAGAAUCGAACAGUAUAUUUCUAGUUAAUAUACCAUUAUUGACAAACCUAGAGUCCAUGAAAUCUAUAAUACAACAGAUAUGUUCAAAAUAUGAUACUGUAUCCCAUGUAGAAGAACUAUUAUAUAACGAUGAAUUUGGUCUUAAUGACGUCAAUCUAUCGAGUCUUACAUCUGAUUUAAUGACUAUACCAAACGAUAUUUCUGAAACUAGAUUUACUCCAAGGAACACUGCAUUACUUAAAUUCGUUGACAAAUCAAGUCUUGACAAUUGUUGGAAUGCCCUUUUGAAAUACUCAAAUUUAUCAAAUACAGAAAAAUUUAUCAUUUGGGAUUACAAUACACCAUCCAUCUCCACAUUCACCAAUUUCUACAAACCUAUAGAUCUAGAUUAUUUGAAGGAAGACGUCCAUUCUCAUUUAUCCAUCUUUGAACAACGUGAACAAGCUGCUCAAGAUGAAGUCCAAGGCACUAUUGUGGAUGAAGACGGUUUUACAUUAGUUAUUGGUAAAAAUACAAAAUCUUUAAAUUCUAUAAGAAAGAAAAUUUUACAAAAAAAUCCAUUAACUAAACAUUCAACAAAGACCAAACCUGCCACUAUGGUAGAUAAGAAGGCAAAGAAUGAUUUCUAUAGGUUUCAAGUUAGAGAAAGAAAGAAACAAGAAAUUAAUCAAUUGUUAAGCAAAUUCAAAGAAGAUCAAGAGAGAAUUAAAGUUAUGAAAGCUAAAAAGAAAUUUAAUCCAUAUAGAGAUACUCUAUGA